CCGCCGUCAACCCUCGCGCUGAGGGAGAACGGUUGUCCCGUUGACGCUUUGUGGGGUGGGUUACCACGGACCAAAAUGUACUUAAAGAGCUGAGAGUGCCCCUUUGAUGGAACUUCAUGAUCCAUCAGACACACAGUCUCCCAGAGUCACCGCCGCUCGCCAUCCAUCGACACCUGGCCAGGGCAUCACCAUGUUGACCUCAGCGCUUCUUGCCUCCCUCGCCUUGGCCGCCGGGGUGAAGGCCACCGUCCAAGGCUUCGACAUCUCCCAUUACCAGCCCAACGUGGACUUCGCGGCCGCAUACAACGCGGGUGCUCGCUUCGUCAUCAUCAAGGCCACCGAAGGCACCUCGUACAUCGACCCGUCCUUCUCCUCGCACUACACGGGCGCCACCAAGGCCGGGCUGAUCCGCGGCGGGUACCACUUCGCGCACCCGGGCGAGACGACGGGCGCGGCGCAGGCGGACUACUUCAUCGCGCACGGGGGCGGGUGGACGCCGGACGGGAUCACGCUGCCGGGGAUGCUGGACCUCGAGUCGGAGUCGAACGGCGAGUGCUGGGGCCUGUCGGCGUCGGCGAUGGUCGCGUGGAUCCGCGACUUCAGCGACCGCUACCACGAGCGCGUCGGCGUGUACCCGAUGCUGUACACGAACCCGUCCUGGUGGCAGACCUGCACGGGCAACUCCAACGCCUUCGUCAACACCAACCCGCUCGUGCUGGCCCACUACAGCAGCUCCGUCGGCACCAUCCCCGGCGGCUGGCCCUACCAGACCAUCUGGCAGAACUCGGACUCGUACAAGUACGGCGGCGACUCGGAUAUCUUCAAUGGCAGCCUCGACCGGCUGCAGGCGCUGGCCAAGGGGAGUUAAAUCAGCGCGUUAGCAUGUCGUUAGGAUGGGCCCUCUGCGGCGGUGUGGGACUAUCUGGAACUUUCGGAAGUGGCAGCAAGUUUCGUGCCUAGAGGUAGAGAACGGAAAUACCUACGGAUGCUUGACACGUUGGUUCUUUUUGCUCCGGCAUUGUCGGUCUGCUUGCAGUUUUACAUACUGGUCGUCUGGUGACUGAAUACCCCGAUGAGUUCUUGAGAGUGGCUUGAUCCCUCAUCGAGUAAGAUUUUAGAUUCAC